UCUGAAAACAUCUUGUAGUUUUCGAGUGAGAAUUGUGUUGACAAAAACCAAAUAUAUUUUAUACUUUUCCGAGCAAUUCUUUCUACGAUUGCUYUUUAAACCAUGGCGGAGUAUUGGCUUGUGUCUGCUCCUGGUGAAAAAACUCCGCAACAGACUUAUGAAGCGUUAAAAACUAACAUGGUUGGACUUUCUCCCGUGUGGAAGUUCUCCAUCCCGGAGCUCAAGGUUGGUACACUGGAUACAUUAGUCGGUUUGUCUGAUGAUUUGAGUAAACUGGAUAUCUAUGUUGACAGUGUAACCAGGAAAGUAGCACAUUACAUGUCUGAUGUAUUAGAGGGUGAGCACCAGGAUCGAGUUAAGGAAAACCUACUGGCCAAUGGCCAGGAUCUGUCAAACUACGUGACUAAGUUCCAGUGGGAUUCAGCCAAAUACCCAAUCAAACAAUCACUGAGGAAUUUAACCGAAAUCAUCAGCAAGCAAGUGACRCAAAUAGAACAUGAUCUGAAAACCAAGUCACAAGCAUACAACAAUAUCAAAGGAACACUGGCAUCACUAGAAAGAAAAUCAACGGGGAGUCUGCUAUCCAGGAAUCUUGGAGAACUGGUAAAGAAAGAACACUUCGUUCUUGAUUCUGAAUAUCUCACUACAUUACUGGUUGUUGUACCAAGAGCACUAUAUAAUGACUGGAGAAACAAAUACUGGAAAUUAACAGACAUGGUUGUUCCAGAAUCAACCAAACUUGUAUUUGAAGACAAUGAAAAUGGCUUGUUCACGGUGACACUAUUCAAGAAGGUUGCUGAUGAAUUCAAGCUUCAUGCAAGAGAUAAUAAAUUCCUGGUUAGAGAUUUUGUUUAUGAUGAGAAAGAACUGGAAGCAGGAAAAAAUGAAAUAACCAAACUUGAAUCAACAAAAAAGAAGCAGUUUGGACCAUUAGUGAGAUGGUUGAGAGUCAACUUCAGUGAAUCAUUUACUGCGUGGAUUCAUGUUAAGGCAUUGCGCGUCUUUGUGGAAUCAGUACUCAGAUAUGGUUUGCCAGUUAACUUUCAAGCAAUGCUCAUACAGCCUUCCAAAAAGACUCACAAAAAGAUUCGUGAUAUGCUUGACUCAUCGUACARCUACUUAGAAUCCAAGUCAUAUGGAAAUUCUGACAUUAAUGAGCUUCAAGUUGAUAUCCCAGGAUUAAUAAUGGCACAGCAUGACUACUAUCCCUAUGUAUUCUACCAAGUUAAGUUAAACUUACUUGAAAAAUGAACAUUUAUAYAAAUCAAUCAUGGAAAAACUACAAAUUCAUCAAUGCAACAAGAACAUAUGAAAUAUAUAAAUAUCAAUUUAAACUUACAAGCUUUGGCAAAUGUGGAAUGGUUAUUUGAGAACAAACAUWAACCACAUAUACAUUGCUGUGUUGCUUUUGAUGUCAAAUUCAGAAUGAGAAUCAAGUCUUUGAUGAAAUUACCGUAAACUAAUAAAAUUAUGAAUUAAGAAUUUCUCUACAAAAACGUAGGUGAUUAGGGAUUAUAAUAUGAGCUUUCCUUACAGCAAAACAAACCUUCGUUAGUCACAAACCAUUUUAUGAUUGACAUACUUUGAUUUUUUAUAGUGCCAGUCACUGAGUAUUUCUAAGUAUACAAAUUUAUACAGCCAUUAAUAUUACUAAUGUUGUGAAUGCAUCAGGGUUAAGGUACAAUUAAUGUUGAUUGUAGUAGCUAUGGGUAACAAUAAAGACUGUACAAAAAUAAUACAAAAUAAAUUURAAAAAUAUAUGUUCA